CUUGAGUGCGCACGUGUGUGUGUGUGUGUGUGUACGAGUUUGUGUUGUCGCUUAUCUCCUAGGGUCUCCCCAGUUUCUCCCCCCCCUCCCCCCCAAAGCAUCGCGAGGGCAUGGCAUCGGGAAGGUCAUCCAUCUAUCAGGAUCUGUCCGAGAUUUAUGAUAAUGUAAUCAAUAAGGAGCAUCCCCGCAAGCUGAUACCGGAGCUGUGCAAACAGUUCUACAACCUCGGAUGGGUGACCGGCACCGGUGGCGGUAUAAGUAUUAAGCUGGACGAUGAAAUCUACAUUGCCCCGUCCGGCGUGCAGAAGGAACGGAUCCAGCCGGACGAUCUCUUCAUACAGAACAUCGAGGGGGACGAUCUGCAAACGCCACCGGACUACAAAAAACUAACGAAGAGCCAGUGCACGCCACUGUUUAUGCUCGCGUACAAGGAGCGCAGCGCCGGGGCGGUAAUCCACACGCACAGCCCGGCCGCCGUCAUGACCACACUGCUCUGGCCGGGCAAGGAGUUCCGCUGCACGCAUCUCGAGAUGAUCAAGGGCAUCUACGACUACGAGCUGAACCGCAAUCUCAUGUACGACGAGGAGCUGGUGGUGCCGAUCAUUGAGAACACGCUGUUCGAGAAGGACCUGGAGGAGUCGAUGGCGAACGCGCUGCGCGACUACCCGGGGACGUCCGCGAUCCUGGUGCGCCGCCACGGCGUGUACGUGUGGGGCCACAACUGGCAGAAGGCAAAGACGAUGGCGGAGUGCUACGACUAUCUGUUCUCGCUCGCCGUGGAAAUGCACAAGGUGGGCCUGGACGCGAACGCCGUCCCGAAACGGUACUAGAUGCAACGAACGCAUUCACACACCCUGCCUCCUCCCGCAAUAACAAAACCUCCUGCAAGGAUAAUCACCGAAUCCCGCCUCGUGAGCCACGUGGAUGCAUGAUAAUCGAAUAGUGGACGUAGCGAAUUAGUUGUUAUCAUGGCCUAGCCGUGAAUUUUUUCCUACCACACGAUCAAACACACAGAAAGACACACACACACACACGCAUUGCGCCAAUUUUUCUCAGGCCUUUACCGAAUACCCGUACCCAGAGGUGUUUUGCCUUCCGUUUGUCGUGCGUUGUUGUAUCAAUUAUUGAUUUUAAACAAAAAAAUGUAAACACAAACACACACGCACCCCCACACGCAAAAGUAGGGAAAAGCUGCACAACCACAGUGAUUUUUACAGAAUGCAAAUGUUGUAGCAAAAGAAAGAGAGAGAGAGAGAGGGAUAGAGAGAGAAGAGAGUGAGAGAGAGAGAGAGAGAGAGAGAGAGAAAGAGAAGAGGGAAAGGCCACAUUCGCUCAUCGAGGCUUUUUGCAUACGACAAAACGAACCGUGAUAGAAGCGCGCGCGCACACACCCACACCCUCACACAUACACACACACAAUACACAUUUUUGUACGAACGGUUUUUAGUGUAGGUACUUUUUUGGAGAAAUACAAGCGCGCUGUUGUUUUCAGCACCAAUCCCAAUUUAACAAAAAAACAAAA